AUGCAGUCCGACUCACCUCAGAAGCCACUAACUGUGACUUACCUGAGCUCCCGCCUCAAGGCCCACAUAAGGACGCACACAGGUGAGAAGCCCUUUAAAUGCAAAUGGCAGGACUGUGAGAGGCGAUUCGCUCGCUCUGAUGAGCUGUCCCGCCACAGCCACACUGGAAAGAAGAAGUUUGUCUGCCUAAUGUGCCUCAACUGCUUCAUGCGGAGUGACCACCUGGCCAAGCAUGCCCGGAGACACCUAGCAGCGAAGAAGAUGCCUUGCUGGAGGUUUCUGGCCUGGCUGCUCCUAAUGAAGCCAACGACUGAGGAAUUACACUGAAAGAAUCAAAUGUAAAUAGAUUUCUUAUAGCAAUUUCCUUUUUUUUCACUUUUAUCCCCUGCAUGUUUAACUCAGUGACAUUGACAUGUGCAUGUUGCAUGAUAAUUUAUUUGUUACAUUGCAGUUUUGCAGAGGUGUUUUGUGAGGCUGACAUUGAACCCUUUAUUAAAUUUAAAAACAUU